AUGCCACCACCACGAGACCCACGUUUCCGACUGCCUUCCAAAAAAAAGCAGUCCCAAAAGUUGAAGGACAAAGCGGUCAACAGUGAUAAAGCAGCAAAGAAAAAGUCGACCAACAAAACCGUCCCGGACACCAAGAAACAAACAACCCCACUCAGCGAUGUCCGUUCUCCUCUUCCACCACCAUCCGAGCAUCCGAGUGACGACGAGAUGGACUAUGAUGGCGAUAAGGAUCGAAGUCAAGACGACCGCAUCAUCGAAGAUGAGAACGAUCUUGACAAGCGACCUUCCACCAUCGACCCCGUCAUCGAUGAGUUGAAUCAACAGUUCCAUCAAGAGUUUGGCCAAUCUCAACCCGAUACAUUCUCCAGCAUGACAAGGCCAGCUGGACCACAACCAAGCUUUCACCUGGAGGAUCUGAAGAACCUUCGGCGAUAUACCAAGUUGGACGAUCAGCAUUUCCUUGAGGCUUUCACCAUCUUAAAUACUCCCGGCGCUGCUAUCCCCUUUCUCGUGAUGAAGGAAUUCGAGCGCAUCCAAGAAGGUUCUCAAGUUCAGCCGCAGGCACCCAAGGAUAAGAGUGAUGAGAUCUCUACUGACGGGUUUGCCUACAGUAAUGCACUCAAGAAUCGUGUCCGUGAUAUUACAAAAGCUGCACUCCUUCGACCACACCUUGACCAAUACACACGAGGCAAAUGGAAGCCUGGAACCAGUGAUUCAUCAUUGUUCACAUUUGUCAUGCAAGAUUUGAUGGCGCUUCCUCUUGAGUUCCGGAAAACCCACUUCCCGGCGGCAAUGGAGAAGGACUGUGAAGUCAAGGAGCAGUUCUUCAAAAUGGUCCGCGAAAUGCACAGGCGCAUCCGACUGGCCAUCAGGGAGCGGCUGCUCAAGAAUAUCAUCAACUCGAAAGGCGAUCUCAUCGAAGAAGGCCCAGUUCCACUGCUCUGUGAUAUUGCUAGGGCAAUUUUUCGAUACCUUCACCCCGCCGAGGCCACCAUGACAGACGCUGAUGUAGAUAAGGCAAUUCCAGUCCUUUGGUACGGCCAAAUAGGACACCUACGAUUACAAACGGUCGAUCUAUUGGUUCAUUCACAAUUCAAGAAGGUCUCACAAUGGGCCCUGAUUGACGACAAGAUCAAUGAAGUCAAGGCACGUGGGACAGACUAUCGGGCUGCGUUUGGCAAAGCAGUCCUUGUCAAGGAUGAGGCCCUUUUUGGGCAAGGCAAAACUUUUGUCGAAAUCCUCGAGGAUGAUGAGGAGAACAUUGCGAUGCCAAAUGAAGAUGAAAUUCAAGUGCAAUUCGACAUUAUUAUCCGCAACCGCAUGGCAAGCUCUACUGGCAACACUUGA